AUGUACGUGAUGCUGUAUGUGUUCCCGUUUUUAGCUGCGCUUUCGGGAGCAGUACCAGUCGUUUAUUUUCCCUUCAACUCUCAGCUGCCGCCUGCCAUCAGGAUAUCCGAGCCCUUCUUGUAUACUCUUUCACCACAGACUUUUGCCUCACAAUCUCAACUCUCCUAUAGCCUUAGAAAUGCACCAACAUGGCUCUCGAUAGAUGCGACCAUUGGCCGUCUCUCCGGAACCCCCCAGGAUGGCGAUGUGCCGCCCGGCGAGGUGGUGGGAAUACCGGUGGACAUCAUCGCAACAGAUGAUACGGGCUCAGCUACGAUGGCGGCCACACUGGUGGUAACUAGAAGACCGACACCCAAACUCAACAUCCCAUUAUCCGAACAAAUACAACGAUUCGGUGAUACAUCGUCGCCAUCUGCCUUCGCGGCCUUCCCUGCAUCUGAUUUCUCAUUCUCCUUCGCCAAGGAUACCUUUUCCUAUGUCGGAGACGGGCUGAACUACUAUGCUACGUCGGCAGACAACAGCCCUCUACCAUCCUGGAUCAAGUUCGAUGCCAGCAGCCUUACAUUCACGGGGAAAACCCCAUCGUUCGAGUCAUUGCUUCAACCGCCCCAGAAAUUCGAUUUCAGUCUCUCUGCGUCUGACAUAGUUGGCUUCUCGGCCGUAUCCGUCGUGUUCUCCAUCGUUGUUGGCGUCCAUAGGCUCACAUCAGACACACCUAUCAUUCGAAUCAACGCGACUCGGAAGACAGAGAUAUCCUACACGGCUCUGGCUAGCAGUAUCAAACUGGACGGCAACGCCGUUGCGCCAGCCGAUCUUGACCUUUCCCCAUCUGAACUACCGAGCUGGCUCUCGGUCGAUAAUACAACACUCGAGAUACAAGGAACCCCCCCUGAUGAUGCGCAAUCUUCAAACUCGACACUCACUUUCCGAGAUAAUUACGCCGAUACCCUCGACAUUCUUCUGUCCGUCACUAUUAUAACCCAAAUCUUUCGUAAUACAAGCUUGGCAUUCGAAGCUACACCGGGAAAGAAGUUCUCAUUUGAUAUUGGACCCUAUCUCUUGCUGCCUUCAGAUAUCGAGCUAGAACUCGACACUCCGGAAUCUUGGAUCAAAGUUGAGGGGCUAGUUGUGUCAGGAACGCCUCCUAGAGCUACCUUGCCUGGAAAAACCAAGAUUCUUCUGAAGGCAACAUCAAAGAGCUCCCAGGAAUCCGAGACAGCGACAGCGGAUCUCACUAUACUUCCUGUGCCCGCCAUCUCUUCGACUGUUCCCACGCCUUCAGUCAAGCCAACGAACCCAGCGACCAGCGAUCACUCCAAACAUGGUUUCCAACCAGGCUACAUUGUCCUCGCCAUACUGCUUCCCCUGCUGAUCCUCGCCAUUGCUGCUUUCUUGAUCAUUUGCUGUCGCAGGAGGAGGCGACAAGAAUCGGCCCACGACGGUCUCAAAAACAAGAUUUCUGAUCCUGUACCCGGCUCAUUUGUGAUAAACGGCGAAACACAUAGCAGAGAUGGGUCUGAACAGUCCAUUAUUGGGAGAAUGAAGUCGGUCGGGAACAACCGACAUAGCCGAGGGUAUUUCAACUCCGCCGUACAAAGAAUGAGGCAAUCAAGAACAUUAUCGACCAUCACUGGAUCC